UUCUCACCUCGCACCCUGGCUUUGGAGAGCUCACGAGUAGCGAGGCGGCCGCCGAUUCGAUCCCUCCUUCUCGAUCAUAGCCCUUUGUGAACUUGUAAAUGGGAAAGGAGAAGGUUCACAUUAACAUUGUGGUCAUUGGCCAUGUCGAUUCCGGGAAGUCUACUACCACUGGACAUCUCAUAUACAAGCUUGGAGGCAUUGACAAGCGUGUGAUUGAGAGGUUUGAGAAGGAAGCUGCUGAGAUGAACAAGAGGUCAUUCAAGUAUGCUUGGGUGCUUGACAAGCUUAAGGCUGAACGUGAGCGUGGCAUCACCAUUGAUAUUGCACUAUGGAAGUUCGAGACCACCAAGUACUACUGUACUGUCAUUGAUGCUCCUGGGCAUCGUGACUUCAUCAAGAAUAUGAUUACAGGAACAUCUCAGGCUGACUGUGCUGUCCUCAUUAUUGACUCCACAACUGGUGGUUUUGAAGCUGGAAUUUCCAAGGAUGGUCAGACUCGUGAGCAUGCCCUUCUUGCUUUCACCCUUGGAGUGAAACAGAUGAUCUGCUGCUGCAACAAGAUGGAUGCAACCACACCAAAAUAUUCCAAGGCAAGGUAUGAUGAGAUUGUGAAGGAGGUUUCUUCAUACCUCAAGAAGGUCGGCUACAACCCUGAAAAGAUCCCCUUUGUCCCAAUUUCUGGUUUUGAAGGUGAUAACAUGAUUGAGAGAUCCACCAACCUUGACUGGUACAAGGGCCCAACCCUACUGGAAGCUCUUGACAUGAUCCAAGAGCCCAAGCGUCCAUCAGACAAGCCCCUGCGGCUUCCCCUUCAGGAUGUCUACAAGAUUGGAGGCAUUGGAACUGUCCCUGUGGGGCGUGUUGAGACUGGAAUCCUAAAGCCUGGAAUGGUUGUCACCUUCGGCCCCUCUGGCCUCACAACUGAAGUCAAGUCUGUGGAGAUGCACCAUGAGGCUCUCCAGGAGGCCCUUCCUGGUGACAACGUGGGCUUUAAUGUUAAGAAUGUUGCAGUCAAGGAUCUGAAGCGAGGGUAUGUUGCCUCCAACUCCAAGGAUGACCCGGCCAAAGAGGCCGCUAGCUUUACCUCACAAGUUAUUAUAAUGAACCACCCAGGGCAGAUUGGGAAUGGUUAUGCCCCAGUCCUCGACUGUCACACCUCUCACAUUGCCGUCAAAUUUGCUGAGAUUUUAACCAAGAUUGACAGGCGGUCUGGUAAGGAGCUGGAGAAGGAGCCAAAGUUCUUGAAAAAUGGUGAUGCUGGAUUUGUUAAAAUGAUUCCCACUAAGCCAAUGGUGGUUGAGACUUUUUCUGAGUAUCCUCCUCUUGGGAGGUUUGCUGUCAGGGACAUGAGGCAGACGGUUGCGGUUGGUGUCAUCAAGAGUGUGGAGAAGAAGGAUCCGACUGGAGCCAAGGUUACCAAAUCGGCAGCAAAGAAAAAGUGAACUGAGAAGAGCUCUGCAUUUGUGGGGCUUGGAGUGGCCGGUUGACAUAGUGUCGUCACUUACAGCCAUUGUGUGGGAGUCCAAUUCUGUGUCUGUGGUCUGGCUGGGUACUGGACAGGCGGUGGUGGUGCUAGGUCUUGGUUUAUCAUUUAUUUAUAUUACAUGUGGUUGUGUUGUCUUAGACAGUUAUAUCCUCUUUAAUGGCUUGAGUUUUGUUUUGUGCUAGGUUAUUGGUGAUACCUCUUAGAUUUUUUUAUCAGUGGACUCGGAAUAUUAUCAAGUGAGAAAGAGCUUUGGUUUUGAAGAGAAUGAUUCGAAUUGUAGCUUCUUAUGUUAUUCAGUUUACAAUGCUUUUAAGGUUGUUUAGCAGCAAUAUGAUGUGUUAAUCAUUGUCGCCA